UUCACCCUUCCUCCAUCUGCGUGCUUUCAUAAACAAACAGCAUUUUUGUUCCGCUGGAGAACGCAUUGCCCUCUGGUUUGUCAGCUUGCCAGUAUUGUCAGAUCUCCGGCUCCUGUUUUUUGAAAAAGCCGUGGAAGAACUUUGUUGUUGAGUCGGAACAAAAACGCGGGCUCUGCUACAACAAAAACAAUCUGAGCUGGUUUUUUCCCCCCCUCAACCGUCGGCGCGUGGAGGACUGUAGCACCGAGACGAGCUAAAGGCUGGAUUUCACAGUCUUAACAUUUGCUCUUUCCUUCAAUUAUUAAACUGUCAGUCACUAAAGACCGCUUUGUAUACUUUGAGCAGCUUCAGCUUUAGCAGUACAGACAUGGUGAAGCUGACAAAAGCCAAGACCUUCCAGGCCUACCUGGACUCUUGCCACCGCCGUUACAGCUGUGUGCACUGCCGCGCCCAUCUGGCAAACCAUGACGAUCUUAUCUCCAAGUCAUUUCAAGGCAGCCAAGGCCGAGCAUACCUCUUUAACUCAGUGGUUAAUGUUGGCUGCGGUCCCGCUGAGGAGAGGCUGCUGCUUACAGGACUCCACGCAGUAGCCGACAUUUACUGUGAAAACUGUCACACCACUCUGGGCUGGAAAUAUGAGCAAGCCUUCGAACUCAGCCAGAAGUACAAGGAGGGGAAGUACAUCAUAGAGCUGUCCCAUAUGAUAAAGGACAACGGCUGGGAUUGAAAUGGAAAACCGCUAUGCUUCUUUAUGACUUUUUAAAAAAGAAAAAAAAAAGUUGCAUCCCCUCGACGUGAAAGGGUUCAAGUGUAUCGUCCUCAUCUCGCCUUCGAGCUACUGCUGUGCCACACUUUUACUUCAUGCAGCUUUUGCUAAGAAUAGCAUGUGAUGCCUUAUCUUCGUCUACUCUUUAUGUCUCCUGCCCCACCAUCAACACACUUAACUGAGAUCGUCAUCACGAUUGAUUGGUUGUUCUGGGACUGAAUAAGUGUUUGGCUUCUGUGUGUGGAGAGAGAGUGGGUGAUUUGGUUACAUGGGAAACCGGGUGUGUGAUGGAUUUUAAAGCCUUUUAAUGCAAGAAAGAUCAAACGUUUACAGUGAUCACUAAACCGUGUUGCUGUGAAACCGCAAGGCCAAUCAAAGCUAAAGAGCUCUACCAUUGAUAAUUGGAUUUUUUUUUUUUUCUUCUUUUGAGCUAAAGGUGCAGGUUUUGAUGUAUCUUGCCUAAAUAGAAUUAAGUUUCAAUGUUUGUUUCAAUGGUAGAGCUUCUUUGAGUUAAAUAUACAAGGAGGAUAUGGGAAUACAUAGAGCAGCAGGCGAGCUCUUUGUCUUUGUUUUUUUGUUUUGUUUUUUUAUUAUUGUUAUUAAUUCGUGUUUUUUAAUUAUUUUAGAGUCAAUAUGGCAAUCGGUAUAUUGAGUUAGUUAUAAGGCCAACAGAAAUCUUCUGCAAGAAUUCUUCAAUCUGUAGUGAGUCUUCUGUUCACAGGUGUAACUUUUUGGAUGCGUGUCUUGUUUGCAGUGAGGCAUCUUGAGCUGGAUGGUGUUGUGAAGCAUUAGUCUGGAACUGAUUUAUACUUCUAGAUCUCUUUUCACUGCACACUUGGGAUAGCUUUACUUCCAUUCAAUGCUAAUGAGACCUAUAUUCUUUAUACGUUUGCGCAUUACCUAACACUGAGCAGUUCCUAUCGACACAUUAGCUUCACUGUGUUAAUGCAAGUUGUGGUUAGGAUAGAUGUAGCAUAUUUAUGGUGAUUUUUAAAAGUGUCUGCUUUCAUUAAAGUGGUUUUUAUUUUAACCUGGUCUUUCAUUAAAAUACAGAUUGGCUGUAGA